GCCGUGGGCCAUAGCAGGCACGCUUAAUAGGGGCCUCGCUGUGCCGGCCCAUUUGGUCCACUCUCUCUCCAAGCCCUAAGGCUCCACGCUCCCUCUCCCCGCCGCCUCCGCACUGUGCCUUCGCAGCCGCCGCCGCAGCUAUGGGCGCGUACAAGUUGGUGUCGGAGCUAUGCAGGAGGAAGCAGUCGGACGUGAUGAGGUUCGUGCAGCGCAGGGCUCUCGGCUCCCAGGCCAAGCAGCUUGGCAAGCCUAUUGAGGAGACCAAGGAAGAUGUGUACCCGAGGACCCACAAGUCACCUGCCAAGAUACGCAUAAUUAUGAAAUCUUUCAAUAACCAGAAGAACAAUCUGAAGGAGCUUGCGCCGUACAUGCAUAAGGUUGGGUUGCCUGAAUCGCGGUCCUUAUACACCGUGCUGCGAUCACCUCAUAUUGAUAAGAAAUCCAGGGAGCAAUUCUCAACGCAUGUGAAGAAAGUGUUUGUGGAGAAAACAGCGGAGACACAUGAACUGGCCAAGAAGUUCUUCUGGUUGAAACGGCUUCGUAUAUUGGGGGCUCAGUACGAAGUCGUUAUUAAUUUCAAGACACGCUUGGGUAAAAAGUUUGGCUGCAGCAAAGGUGGUGGCCUGCUUUGACAUCCAAAACAGGGUUCAGGCAUAGAAUAAAAAGGAGGUACUACUUUCUUGUCUUGUACUAGAGCUGCAUCAGGCCACACACAAGCUAUCCAUCCAACUUGUGUGGAUCUUAAUUUCUGGCAUUGGUUUGAUCUAGCAUAUAAGUACUAUAUAUUCUAUGUAACUAAGGCUGCAUGUGACCUAUCUGAGGCUGUUGCUUUUUUGGUAACCAUCUAUGUAUUUCGAAAGAAGAUGGUGAUAAUAGACGAUGUCUGUCUGUCUUCUUUUUUUGCGAUAUACUAGUGCCAUCUAAUCUGAUUAUGUUAUGUGGGUGACAAUCGAUUCACUUACUAUUGA